AUGACCAAACUAGGCAUCUUGCCCCAGAAUAAAGCUCAGUGCACAGUCUCUCUAUUAAACCACUGGUGCACACACACUGCUGCCCAAUUCUCUAUUGUGCCGACCAAUGCUGCUGCAGGGACAACUGUGAGCCUACGUCUCCGCAACAGACCUCUCGAUGUUACAAGCUUCGUAUGGUACAGGGGAGAAGGGGCAAACCUCUAUAACAAAAUUGCAACUUUUGAUGUAUACGAAAACACACAGGUGAGAGGGCCUGCGUACAGUGGACGAGAGAGAAUAAUCUGUGAUGGAAGAUUGAUAUUAACAAAUGUUACCCUGAAUGACACAGGAAACUACACUGUAGAGGUCUACCCUGAAGAUUCAGCAAGAGAAGUAAGGUUUGGACAGCUUCAUGUAUAUGAGCUUGUGAGAAUGCCCACCCUCCUAGCCAGCAACAUCAUAAACACAGACAAUAAGGAUAUUGUGGUCUUGACCUGCAACACAGAUGAAGUGUCAAUCCAGUGGUCAUUCAAUGGCAUGAAUCUGCAGCUCUCAGAGACAAGGAAGCUGUCUGAGGACCACAGAAGCCUCACCAUAGACCCCGUCCAGAGGGAGGAUGUUGGUUAUUACCAGUGUGAAGCCUCCAACCCCGUCAGUUCUGCUGAAAGUUGGGCCCUCGAGCUGCAUUUGCCACAUGAAUGACCCUCAUCCCCUCUUCUUUGUUAUUAAACUCUAAAUAAAGUAUUUUGCCUUAUUAUAA